UUGUCUCUCCGCCGAUCCGGCCACCUCACUGACGACGACGAGGUGGUCGGUCAGCAGCCAGUCACCGUUGCAAUUCUCAACGUUGUCAUGCGUCGCUACCUCGACUUCGUCUUUCUCGAGGGUACGGAGAGAUCAAAGCUAGCAGCAACACGCAAGAUCGCCAUAGCCGCACUCGUGCUCACAAUGUCAGAGACAGCUUCACGAGGUGGCGAUGUGACGAUUUCUCAAGGCUACGACGAAGCCAAUGGCCGUUUCCAAUUUUUCAGGUGGGAGGACGUCAAGAUCACCGUGCAAAGGGACAAUGCCGGUCAUCUAAAUCUUCUUGCUCAGAUUACUCUGCGGUACGAGAAGUUCAACAAGUGA